AUGAGUAAGUUUGUAAAAAUUCUUAAACAAGUUCCAAAAUUAAGCAACCCUGAAUUAUUAUGCUUUAAAGGCUAUGUAAAUAAUCAAUGGAUUGAUAAUGCCAAGGAUCACUUCACAGUCACUAAUCCUGCAACAGGAAAAUUAAUAGGUAAACUGCCAGAGUUUACAAAGCAAGAUGUUAAUGAUGCAAUUGAUGUUGCCAGUAAAGUCUUUAAAGAAUAUAAGAAUACUUCACCAAGAGAAAGAUCAUUAUGGUUACGUAAUAUAUAUAACUUGAUGAUAGAAAAUAUUGAAGAUUUAGCCAAAAUUAUUACUUGGGAAAAUGGAAAAUCGAUUAAAGAAGCUCGAGGUGAAAUUAAAUAUGCAGCAUCAUAUUUUGAAUGGUAUUCUGAAGAAGCGUCUCGGUUAUAUGGUACAACUAUCCAAACACCAAAUAUGGCUAAUAGAGUCUAUACUAGAAGAGAGCCUGUAGGUGUAUGUGGCCUAAUUUGCCCCUGGAAUUUUCCAAGUGCAAUGAUUACAAGAAAGGCAGCUGCAGCGUUAUCAGUAGGCUGUACUGUCGUAGUAAAACCAGAUUCCCAAACCCCAUUUUCUGCUCUUGCAUUAGCAUACUUGUCAGAAAAGGCAGGCUUUCCCAAAGGUGCUUUUAAUGUUAUACUGUCUCACAAUAAAACUAAAGAUGUUGGCUUAACAUUAUGUGAAUCGUCGAAAAUUAAGAAGAUUUCAUUCACUGGUUCGACUAACGUAGGUAAAAUAUUGAUGAAGCAGUCAUCUUCUACGUUAAAGAAAUUGUCAAUGGAAUUGGGUGGUAAUGCUCCUCUUAUUGUGUUUAAAGAUGCAGAUUUGGAAUUAGCUGUUAAGGAGACGGUGGCUUCAAAAUUUAGAAGUUUAGGACAGACUUGUGUAUGUGUGAAUAGAAUUUACGUUCACUCUAGCAUAAUUGAUAAAUUUACUGAAAUGGUUGUGAAAGAAGUUCAAAAAUUUGUUAUUGGCGAUGGAUUUUCGGAAGAAACUACUCAUGGCUGUUUGAUUAAUCAACAAGCUAUUGAAAAAGUGGAAAAACAUGUCGCAGAUGCCGUUGGAAAAGGCGCUAAAGUUUCACUAAAGGGAGGGCCAAUACCCGAAUUAGGUAGUAAUUUCUAUGCUCCUUACGUUUUAACAAAUGUACCUCACAACGCUAUUGUAGGUAAAGAAGAAACCUUUGGGCCAUUAUGUCCAAUAUUCAGUUUUGAUAGUAUUGAUGAAGUCAUUGGAUAUGCAAAUGAUACACAAUAUGGCCUAGCCUCUUAUGUAUUUUCAAGAAAUGUCAACACGCUUUACAAAGUUUCUGAGGAGCUAGAGGCAGGCAUGGUAUCUUGCAAUACAGGAUUAUUUUCAGAUAGCGCCAUUCCCUUUGGUGGUAUUAAAGAAUCUGGCUAUGGAAGAGAAGGGUCAUUACAUGGCAUAGAAGAUUAUACAGUUAUCAAGACAAUUACAAUGGGUAACAUUAAUUGA